ACAGUACGUGAACGUAAGAGGUGGACAAUGCGUUACAUUGAUGUAGAAAAAUAUUUCUUGUGGUUUAAAUACCUUGAAUAAUGAAUAGUUUGUUUGUUAAUUAUAUGAAGUGAUAUUCUGUGAGGUAAUAACAGUGAAAAUGACUGCGAAUGGGCCAUUUUUUCAAAGUUAUUUUCGUUAAAAAGGAAAAAUAUCUCGACGCAUUCUGGUGACCCGCGCGAAUUGCGACUAGCACCUGUAAUUUUCGGUAGUUUGGAUUUGGAGUGUGAUGGUACCCUGCCACAAAAAAUGAAGAGGUCUGGUCAGUACAAAAUAUCAGGGUCUGGGUCAAAGGGCUCACCUGACAGUGACAUUGCUGUUCCAGGUCAGUUCAGAAUAAACCCUGCAGAUUUGCCACCUAAUGAUUCGCCCGUCUCAGAAUUUCCUCAUAUGAACUCCUUAGUAGUCACAAUAAACAAGAUGUCUGAUUCUAGGCCACCAAACAAGAACUGUGAGAAUAUAAGUGGACCCAGAGGUACCGUGAACAGAGUGGAGCAAAGGGUGAAGAGUUUCUUACAGAGAGGAGAAUCCAAGUUGAAACUUCAUGAAAACCAUAUUUUACCUCCUCUCACUCAGUCAACAGCAGAUGAUGUAUGGCAAUAUGGCCAUGUAGUAACUUUGCCCCGCCAUCCACGUCAUUCUUUAGCGCUUUCUAGUUCAGCUCUUAACCACCUCUCAGCUUUAGAAACUGCUUCUUGUCUAAGUGCUAGUAGUGGUUAUUCCUCAUCCUCAUCAAGCAGCUAUGGAAGUUUCAAGAGCAGUGCCUCAAGUAAUUGUUCAACUCUCCCUAAAAGGAAGACCAUCAGUGAAAUAAGUAUAAAGCCUUCUCCCUCUAGAUCUAGCAUAUUUGUAGAUAAUCCAAUAUAUGAUAUAACUCCUGGAACAGAUUCCCAUACCCAACCCCAGGCCAGUAUAUUCAUACAUUCCAAGAAUGAUAAUGACCCAAAAUAUCCCAAAAAUAAAUUAUACAGACAUCGAAGCGCAUCAGUUCCAAGGUGUGACCCCUUGUUUGAUGACAUUAUUGACAUUAAUCAGCAACCAUUUAAAAGGCAAAGUAAUCAUCGAGGAUCAGCACCUAGUCAUGAGUUUCUGUAUGGUGAUAGGUCAAAUUCAAAUCAUGUAAACUAUGAGUGUGAUAACAGUGUUAGCCCUCAGGUAUAUUCCAAUUUAGAAAAUGAGCCAAUAUAUGACACUAUUCCAGGGGGCGAUUUGCACAGCCCUAGGAAGUCAGUAAAACAAGAACAAUCCUCAGGCCAUCUAACAUCAGACUCCUGUACCCUUGGUGAAAAUUGCUGUCUGGAUGAAUCUGCUCUAGAUUUUAUUGACUCCUGUCCUCUAACUUCUAUCUGCUCCAGUGUUGAUAUGAUUAAAGAAGAGGACCAAGUUGCUAAAGAAUGCCGAGAAUACUUUGAAAAACGGUUAAAAAACUCGGAGACCUUAAAAAAAAGAUGGUCCAUGUGCUCCUCUGACUCAGGGGCAGAUUCUGGGGACAGUGAAAUGUCUUCAUUAUGUUACACAUCAUCUAAAUCAACAUCUAGUGCUUCAUGUACCGCUGCUAGCCAAAGUUCUAGCACCUUGAUACUGUCAUCCUCCGAAUCACAAGAAAAGUCACCCACCGCAAGAAGCCAGCUAGACUGUAAGAUGAAAUUCCUCCGCAAAGAAAUAGCGUCCCUCAUGAAGCAAGACAAUCAACUCUUCCAGCAGCUGUUAAAUUUGCACGAGUCUAUUUCUGCUCUGAAGACGAAUCCCGCACCUGACCCUCACUCACACACUCCGCCUUCCCCCGCAUCCUUUGGCUCUCUCACUGAGGAGGAGGAGGAGGAGGAGGAGGAGGAAGAAGAGGAGGAGGAGGAGGAGGAGGAGGAGGAAGAAGAUGAGGAUGAGGAGUUGGAGGAGGAUGAGGACGAGAAAUGUAAUGAUAUGAAGGAUAUGCCAGCUAAGCAUGGACUGAAGACAGACGCAGAAGAGGACAAUUCGGACGUUGACGAAGGCCAUGAGACGGACCAUUCACUCACUCACUCUGUCAGUCCCACUUCUACUCGAUCCUCUAAAUCUUCCAGAGACUUCCCAUUGUCUUCCAAUUCUUGUCACGAAUCUACUGUCCCUUCUAAGUCGUCUGGAGACGCCACUUGUUCCAAGGAUUUUCAGUACUCAACGGUUCAGCAGCAGCAAGCCGCCCCAAGUGAAAGCAGCGUCACCAGCAACAGCAGCAGCAGCAACAACAAUCCUAAAGGAACUAUCAGCCAGCAACCGGUCGAGAAUUUGAACAUGACUUCGGGUGCCAUCAAAUUUGCAAACAACAGAAUAAAGAGGAGAUAUAGCAUCACUACCAAUGAUGAUUUCAAUGUCAACAUAACAAUUAACAACGAGGACGUUUCGUCAGUCUAUAUAGACAACCCGCCCCUUUCUAGUAACACUGUUUAUAAAUCAAAAAGCAGCUGUUAUCUUUCUAGGAGCGAUACAGAACCCAACAACAAUUUUACAGAAAAGUUGCCUGGUGGGGGCUUAGGCAGCUUUAGACCAGUAUGUGGAAGGACAUUUGCCAGAAGCUGCAUUUCUAUCCCACCCUCCUCCAAGAACAGAGACCACAACCCCAGACCAGAAUCUUUCCGCCUUCCUUCAGACGCAGAAUCCCACUCACGUGUCCUUCUGAAGGCACGCUCAUUUGCUGGCACCUCUCUUUGCAGCAUACAAGCUCACAAUGCGACUGUAAUGAGACACUUUUCAAGUAAAUCCUUACAGGAAGAUCGGUUAAAUAAUCACAGAGACAUGAAUUGUGGGAAUGGUAAAAUGAUACUCCUUUCGAGGAGGAUGACUAACCCUCCAGUCAAAUCUGACAAGGUAUAUCUCGAUCCCUUAGGUAAUGAAACUUCUUGUGACUCUUUACCAGCGAAUAAUCAUGACCCAUCCAAAUUUCAUCAGCUAUGUUCAGGGUCUCUUAUGCUAACAAGCAAGAGCCCUGUCAGUGAUAUUAAUUCUCUGGAAUCUUCAGAAAUCGACAGCGACGUCGACCUCGGAAAGCAAACGGGGUCAGAUUCUGUACCACCAGAAAAUGUUCAGAAAAAUGUAUAUGAAUUCUGCAGAAAAGCAACGAGUGACUUGGAUAACGAAUCCUUCUUAAAUAAAAACGAGAAUACUCAACAGGAGGCUUGCGAACAUGCAGAUGUUUUCCAAAGAAAUCAGAAUACCCAGGCAAACGAUUUAGUGCAACCAAUUGGCAUCAUGGUCUCAGAUGCCCAUCUGUCAGAAGACCAGUCUUGUCAGAAAUCCCAAAAGCUUAGAGCUCGCUCAUUUACUGGAAUGGUGACGCCACUCAAUCUUCCUCCACAGACUCAUUCACCUCAUGAUGAAAUGAUAGAUGCUUGCAGCAUUCCAGUAAGGAAAUCGGCCUGUAAUCUCAGGGCCACAGAAGGGGCCGAAGUAGAGAAAACGUUACGUGUUACAACAAUGACUCGCCGGGCUCGGGUCACAAGGGAUGGUUAUAAAUUGCGAUUUUCAAGUGAUCUUGGAUUUGAAUCAGCCAGAGUUACUCCAAAGUCAAAGAGGGAAGUGUUUGUCUAAUAGUCUUUUGUAUUUUACCAUAACAGAUUACACAAAAAUCUAUCGUGAAUCAAGUAUAUUUGGUACAAUUUAGUGAAGUCUUAAAGUUACGAAAAUACUUUUUAUUGCUGUCAUCAUAUGUUUAAAAAUACCUUAGGAGGCUGAUUUGAAAGGUCUGAAAAAUUCAGCUGAAGUGUUUUUCUUUUAAAUAAAUAAGAAAUAACUAUACUUUUGGCACAGAAAGUUACAUACUCGAUAUUUACUGUCUAAAACAUAGUGAUGUUAUGGGAAAACUUAAGAUUUUUAUAGGACAACCUUUUUUCUGUCAUCAGUUUGGCACCUUACUGUUUCUUCACUCUGUGAUUCCACUGUUCUUACUAGGAGACUCCGCAACUAAACAGGGCAAACUAAGUCAAGUUUUCUUUAGCUUGAUGAUCGAGAUCUUUCUGCAUAUUUUAGUUGAGUUCAAACGAUUUCAAAACACAACCAGUGGUUAUCUAAACUUCUAGCGUUGGUUGGUCGAACUCUGGUUGGUCGAACUCAUGUUUAAAAUAACCUUUUCAUCUUUUUCUUUUUGAGCAGCAAAACAAAUCGAUCCUGAUAUGCUUUGUCUAUUCUUGAUUACUAGUGUUUCAUAUAAACCAGAAAUUACCCAUUACACCUUUUUCAGGGUUUAAGACAUUACACCUUUUUCAGGACUUACAACAUGAGUCAUAAAGUAUAAUUAACAUUCCUAAGCACCUAAGCUUGAUAUUCAUAUGCUUACAGAAGCUUCCUUUAUAAAACUGAAUUCUAUUAUUUUUUUUCAACAAAUUAGGGUGAACCAGCUUUUUAGCACCUUUCUGAUCCAUGACAUGAUUGUUUUAUUUAAUAUAACAAGUAAGCUACUGUUAUCUCGCAUAUUUUAUAAUUUUUUUCCCUUUGUCUUUAAAACUACUGGAAAAGACGAAUGGAACAGCAUCGAGAUUGUGGAGACAAGGUGAGUAAGAAGCAGCGUCUGGAUACUUUGUUAUUUAAUAUCACAAAUUUCUGAAAGGACUAUUGCAAACGGAAAGGUAGCAUCUAACAUCAGAACAAGACAGGCAUACUUUUAUGGUCAGGUGUGUUUUCGCACACCUGAAAAACAGGCAAGUUCUCAAUUACAUAUGGUAUGAAAGCUUGAAACGUUUUGAAUUUGCAGAUGGUUUUGAUUUUACAAAUGGGAUAUUGUAGUUCUGCAAAUAAAUGAAAAUCAUUAUUUCAGCUGUUCAUCUACGACUGUGUUUGCUGGGGAAACUAUGUUCUGCAGUAAGUCAAGUUUGUGCUUUUGGACAGUGGAUGCCUGAAGGGCCCAAGCAGGGCCCUACAGUACUCCCCUUCCCAAAAAGAGAUUCCUGGAGCUGGAGCAUCAUCUGGGAUUUAUGUUGGUUUCUGCCUGUCUGUCAAGACCUAGGUAGUUCUCCCAACCACUGACAUCUGGUAGUACUUGUCUCUAUGCUGCAGGAUUCAGUGACGUGGUUAGUAUGGUCUUUGCCUGCCACCUCGGUGGCCGCGAGUUCGAUUCUCGGGCAUUCCAUUGAGGGGUAAGAGAUGUGUAUUUCUGGUAUUAGGAUUUCACUCUCGACGUGGUUCGGAAGUUAUGUAAAGCCAUUGGUCCCGUUGCUGAAUAACUACUGGUUCCAUGCAACGUUAAAACACCAUACAAACAAACAAACAAAAACAUCAAUUCCAUUAAGUGCAAAUUUUGUUCACCGCAGUUCUUCGGGGACCUAUGCUUUUCUGGCUGCGUUGUAUGUUCUUUUUUUCUGGCACAAUUUGUAUUCAUGCUCUGCGGACAUCGGAAGGGGUGGUUGGCUCUGUUGGGUUUUGGAAAACUAAUGCUGGUAUUGCUAGUUACUGUCCAUAGACUGCUUCUUCCAGCAAAAUGUUAAAUGCCGCAUGUGGGGCCGUUCUUAGUCCUAAUAAAAUCCAUGUCGACUCUCUUCUCCACCGGCGAGUGCUUUAGGGUAGUGAUGGACCUGCUCUAUCAUAUACCAUUGGCUUCUGGGUUGUAUGCUGCCAUGCUUUUUAUUUUCGUCCCAAGGCUGGCGGUGAGGGAGUUCCACUGGGCAGCUGUGAAUUUAGCAACCCCCUAUCACUGGUGAUAUACUGAGGGACUCUGUGCCAACUGACCCAGUUUAUUAUAAGCCACACAGCUUUCUGCCGACUGUAGGGGUCCCACAAAGUCAACGUUGUAUUGAAUUGUCCUGUCCCUGACUGUAUGCUUCAUGACCUUGGGUGUAUAUCAGUGGUAAUAGUUAUCAUGCCUGCAAAUCUUGGGUUGCUCUGAUGGUGUUUGGCCUUGGGCCUUCAUUGGAAGAGGUUGGAUUCCUUCAGGGCUUAUUUGAUGGACAAGAAAUUCUACUGUACUUUCGGCCCAUUCACAUUAUAUCUUCCUACGCUACUAGCCCAUUCCUUACAUCCUUUAUGUGCUGUUUAAAGUUGGGGCUGAAUAUCAGGAUAUCAUCGAAAUAAACAAUGCAGCAGGGAAAUUCUCCCAGUAUCUCAUCCAUGAGGUGUUGGAGGUCACACCAGCAUUUCAAAAGUCAAAACAGCGGUAGUUGAAUGUGUAUGUUCCAAAGGGGGUUAUUAUUGCUGUUUUUUCUAUCUUCCUUCGUUGACUUGGUAGUACCCCUUCAGCAGGUUUGUUUGUUAUAUCGGCAAUAUUAGACACUGUCUAGCUGGUUUUUUAUGUCAGCUAUGUUAGGCAGGGGGUUAUCUGUCCGGUAUUGUUUUGACAUUGAAUCAUCAGUAGUCGCAGCAGGGCUGCCAUGUACCGUCUGCUUUAGGUACCAUGUGGAGUGGGGAUGCUCAUGGGCUGGAGGCUGUCUGGCAGAUUCCUGCCCGUUCCAUGUCAUGGAAUACUUGUUUGGCUUAAUGCGGUGUUUUGGGGGCUCAUUAGGUCAUGCUUUAGGACAUCUUUGAAUACUUUGGGAAACUCCUGAAGGAGGUGACAGCUCUCUGAUCCAGUGGGGUUUGCUGUUCUUGGAGUGUUGGGUGUUAUAGGGCCGUCUCUCUGAAUCAGCUGCUGUCUUGCUAGAUGUAUACCAGCAUGUCAUGGGCUUUCAGGAAUUCUGCUCCUAGUAGUGAGAUUGUGAUGAAUGCCUAACUGUAGUAUGCUUUGUUGUUGAAUGAUAAAUUCGAAGUUCGUUUUCCAAACACUUUAAGUGAGGCUUUGGUAGCAUUAGACACCUGAAGAGUGCUAGGGGUGGAGUCGAGGUGUUCAUGCGAGUUAGCUGGAACAAACAACUUGCAUGUGUCUGUGUCGACAAGAAAUUGUGUGUUGGACAUAUUUUUGAGCCCAUUUCUUGAUGUCCAACUUCAUGGCCCACCAGAUGUAUCGUUCUGACAGGAUACGGGCAGUGGAACAGCCAGACAGGUGUGACAGGUCAUGGGGAAGACUGAAAACCUUCCUCCUUAAGGCCAACAGUAAGUAGGGGUGAGGGCAUCCAGUAUUCGUUUCACAGGCAAUGAUUAUCAGUGACAAAAUCCCUCCACGUGAGGGAAGAACCCUCCUGAUGAAGUCAUUGCAGGUCCAUGUUAUUCUUCUGAGCUGCUGCGAUCUCGGGAUGUAAUAUCCUAAUCUGGACAGCAUUGAUGGUAUUCCUGGAAAGGGCGCUUCAGCAACAUUGUUGGAAGAGCCCUGCAGGUACCUGAUGGUGCAGAACUUGGAUAUUGCAGACAGGUGAUGCUGCUGCCAGGCUGACCAAGUCACCAUUUUUGGUGAAGGCAUGGACCAAGGGUUGAUGGUCGUUAGCACCACGAACUGCUGUAGCUUUGAGCAUUCUCGGAAAUGCUGAAUAGUGAGGUGGACUGCCAGCAACUCUGUUGAACGAGGAGUAGGUUCAUCUGUUUUGCUGAAGAAUGCCAACAGCUGAUGACCUCCAUCUGUAUCCUUCUCGAGUACUGCACCCAUUGCUGUUACUUGCAUCAGUUGUCAGGGUUAGGGACCUAUGCAAUAGAGGAAACAUUAGUGUUGCUGCAGAACUCAGGGUUUUUUUUUUAUUGCCAAUUGAAAAGCCAUCUCUUGUUUAAGACAAAUAUUUUGAUUUUCCUUUUAAACAUUCAUAGGAAGGGGAUGAAUUCAGCUAGGUUGGGUAUGAAUUGGUGGUAAUAAUUGAUCAUGCCAGCAAAUUCUUGUGUUGCUCUGAUGGUGUUUGGCCCUGGGAAAUUGGUGAUAGCUUCCCUCACCAGGAGUUGUUGGACUCUUCAUAGAAUAGUUAGGACUGAUUAUCAGGAUGUUGAUGAUGACGCAUCAGGGCAAUUCUCCCAAUCCCAUCCAUGAGGUGCUGCAAGAUCACACAAGAAUUUCGAAGGUCGAAAGUGCAUAUGCCUUCAGCAGUUCAAUUUUUGUGAAUAUUAUGGAUCCUUUUAGCUGGCUUAUGUUGGCUAUGUUAAGCAUGAGAUAUCCAUCUGGUAUUGUUUUGACAUCGAGUUGUUUGAAGUAGCCACAGGGCUGCCAUAUACUGUUUGCUUUAGGUACCAUGUGGAGUGGGGAUACCCACGGGCUGGAGGCUUUCUGGCUGAUUCCUGCCUGUUCCUCUUCAUGGAAUACUUGUUUGAUGUAGGCUUGUUUUUCUAGGGCCAAAUGUCUAAAGCCUGUGUGGACUUGCAGCCCCUCGGUGAUAAUGUGGUGCUUUGCAGGGCCCAUUAGGUCAUGCUGGGGGACUUCUUUGAAUACUUUAGGAAAUUCCAGGAGUUGGCGACAGAUCUGUUCCUAAUAUGGGGUUUGCUGCUGUUCCUGGAGUGAUGAGUGCUAUAGGGCUGUAUCUGAAUUGGUUGCUGUCUUGCUAUGUCUACUAGCAUGUCGUGGGCUUUCAGGAAAUCUGCUCCGAGGCUACAUCUACCGCAUGUCAUGGGCUUUCAGGAAAUCUGCUCCCAGGCUAUGUCUACUGGCAUGUCGUGGGCUUUGAGGAAAUCUGCUCCCAGGCUACGUCUACCAGCAUGUCGUGGGCUUUCAGGAAAUCUGCUCCCAGGCUACGUCUACUGGCAUGUCGUGGGCUUUCAGGAAAUCUGCUCCCAGGCUACGUCUACUGGCAUGUCGUGGGCUUUCAGGAAAUCCGCUCCCAGGCUACGUCUACUGGCAUGUCGUGGGCUUUCAUGGAAUCUGCUCCCAGGCUACGUCUACUGGCAUGUGGGCUUUCAGGAAAUCUGCUCCCAGGCUACGUCUAAUGGCAUGUCGUGGGCUUUCAAGAAAUCUGCACCCAGGCUACAUUACUGGCAUGUCGUGGGCUUUCAAGAAAUCUGCUCCCAGGCUACAUUACUGGCAUGUCGUGGGCUUUCAAGAAAUCUGCUCCCAGGCUACAUUACUGGCAUGUCGUGGGCUUUCAGGAAAUCUGCUCCCAGGCUUCGUCUACUGGCAUGUCGUGGGCCUUCAGAAAAGCUGCUCCCAGUGCUGAGAUUGUGACGUCCGCUGUGAUGAAUGUCCAACUGUAUAGUUGUCUGUUGAAUGAUAAUUUCGUAGUUCUUUUUCCAUACAUUUAAGAAGGGAACGACUGGCAGUAGACACCUGGAGAGUACUAGAAGUGGGGUUGAGGUGUUUUUGUGGGUUAGCUGGAAUAAACUACUUGCAUGCGCCCAUGUCAACGAGGAACUGUGUGUUGGACAUAAUCAUCUGUGAUUUAAAAACAUGAAUGGUUUUUGCUUGUAUCUGGAAGAUAGACAGCAAAAGUUAGACUUGCUCCCCUUUAAGAGGCAAUCAGUCUGCCCAUCUCUGCAGCAGCCCUAUGGCAUUUUUUUUUUUAUAGCAGAGUCGUUCUCGCAUUUUCGGGCCUCACUCCCGAAUCUCCAGUGGAAGAAACAUAGGCCCUUCAGACGUUCUUCUUUUUUGGUCGCUUUGAUGCUGUGGUUGUAGGUUAACUGCUGCUACAGGAGGUUGAGUGGGUUCUGAUGAUGUCUGGGCAAGAUGAACUAUCUACCAUUCUCAGGAAUUCAUCGAGGGGCAUGGUGGAUGCGUUGGUUAUGCGGCAACUGUUUGGCGAGGCAACUUCAUCAGGAGGACCUCUCUCACAAGGAUUGACUGGAAAAUAAGUGGAUCAAGUGAAUGUAUUCAUAGUCUUAGCGAAACUGUCUUUUAAAAACUGGAUUCAUAUUCAUAUCCAAUAUGUUACAAUAAAUCAGCUUUCACUAAUAAAACAAAAAUUACACCUUUACCCUAAACGUAUUCUCUUUUCUCGUUAUCUUAAAAAUAGCGAAAAAAAAAGUUUUAGAAAUGUAUAAAAUAUGCAUGAGAACUCUAAUUUUUUUAUAGUACUAAAUAAAAUCAUGUCAUGGAUCAAAAAGGUGCUAAAAAGUUGGUUCACUGUAAUAAGUUGGUAAAAAAUAAUAAGAAUAUAUAUCAGCUUAGAAAUGUAUAAUCAUACUUAAACUGAAGAAUUAUGGAUGAGCGCAUCUGCUUGCAAAAAACGAAAGUACUCGUUAAUGAUAAAUAUGCAUUAACACUAAACCACAAUGACCCUAACUUCACAAUAUCCACCUCCUUUGGAUCCAGUGGAAUAAAAAAAAAACGGCGGUGCCCUUUCCUUUCAUACUUUGUGAUGAACUCCAGCAGUUAAGUUGCCCUGUAGGCAUGCACGUGUAUGUGCAUCCCAAAUGACGACCUUGUCACAGGUUAAAUUCCAUGUUUUUAAUAUGCGAUCGGUAAACAUUCAUGGCAGUUUUGAACUAUUUCGGUUUUUAUUAUUCUGACAUGAAAACAGAAUACGUCCUUACCCGGUGCUUUACUCGAGUAUUCGUGCUUUACACUGUCGAUCUAUCAAAGCGCCAAAUGACAAAAUCGUUGGUUCCUUUGCCUAUUCCAUUUAGUGGAUUUCUUUCAAGAGUCGAAGCUUACCCUGUAAGAGCAUAGGAACAAUAAAAGAAUCAUCCUGUGAAAGGACUCGGUAUUUCGUUGACAUCCAAAUGAAAAUGGUCACAGUCUCGUGCAGCCCUCUUUUGUGACAAGUACGUUGUAGGUUUUGCUGUCUGUCGCCUCGACCUGGAUAAAGUCCAAAUUUUAUCUAAAGCUAAUUGGGGUUAGAGGCGGAGACAAUUCCGUUUCUUCAGUGUUUAUGAUGACAAUCUUAACAUGAAACAUCUUUUGUCUGGACAACUUAGAAAAAAAGUUUGACUAUUAUAUCCAGCCCAGUAAAAAGCGUAAUUAGAAAAAUGAUAUAUUUCCCGCUCGUAACACGGAGCUGGUUUUAUGACGUACUUGCGUAUUCUUUUCAGGUUCAGAUGGUUAUCUUUUAGAUAUUAUUAAAGUUUUCCUUUUUCCACCAUACUCUCAAAUAUGAAAUGAGGUGACACUUUGAAUCACUAUUCUAAAUAAACGCUUUGAAAGUCUGAGAAGCUCGUUUGAAACCGUCUUCUCGGCCUUGUGUAAACAAACAGUCCACUGUUUUUGGUCAUUGCGUCACUUGAUCUCAGUGAUGUCCUCCACUUGUCAUCCUCUUCAUGUAGCUUUAAUGUUCUUUCUCCCUUUUUUCCUCACUGGUCCUUUUAGAAUGUGACGAAAUAAACUUUUUCAUGAAAAAGCUGUAUAUAAAGAGCACCACUAUCUUAUGAGUCUUGCAAUCACUGUAAUGUAUGAUAGAUACUGUAAAUAGUUCUGCAUUUGUAUUCUAAAAGCCGUGUCAAUCUGUAUAUUUACCUAAUAAAGAUACUAGUAUUUA